GCCCGCUCGCCCGCUGACAGCGAGGCUUUGGGCGGAGGAAGCGGGUCGGUUGGUCGGUCGGGAACGAGGCUCCGGCGGCCAGGCCCGCGCGGAGCCGUUGCCAUGGCAGCCGCCGCCGGGGGCGCGGAUGACGAGCCGCGCUCGGGCCGUUCGAGCUCGGAGGGCGAGUGCGCCGUGGCGCCGGAGCCGCUGACGGGCCCCGAGGGCCUCUUCUCCUUCGCGGACUUCGGCUCCGCGCUGGGCGGCGGCGCGGGCCUCCCGGGCCGGGCGUCUGGCGGGGCCCAGUCCCCGCUGCGCUACCUCCAUGUCCUGUGGCAGCAGGACGCGGAGCCCCGCGAUGAGCUGCGCUGUAAGAUCCCCGCCGGGCGGCUGAGGCGCGCCGCCAGGCCCCACCGGCGGCUCGGGCCCACGGGCAAGGAGGUGCACGCUCUGAAGAGGCUGAGGGACUCGGCCAAUGCCAACGAUGUGGAAACAGUGCAGCAGCUUCUGGAAGAUGGCGCCGAUCCCUGCGCAGCUGACGACAAGGGCCGCACAGCUCUGCACUUCGCCUCCUGCAAUGGCAACGACCAGAUCGUGCAGCUGCUUCUGAACCAUGGGGCUGAUCCCAACCAGCGAGAUGGGCUGGGGAACACACCACUGCACCUGGCGGCCUGCACCAACCAUGUCCCUGUCAUCACUACCCUGCUACGAGGAGGGGCCCGCGUGGAUGCCCUGGACCGGGCUGGCCGCACGCCCCUGCACCUGGCCAAGUCGAAGCUGAACAUCCUGCAGGAAGGCCACUCCCAGUGCCUGGAGGCUGUGCGGCUGGAGGUGAAGCAGAUCAUCCAGAUGCUGAGGGAGUACCUGGAGCGCCUGGGGCGGCACGAGCAGCGGGAACGGCUGGACAGCCUCUGCACCCGCCUCCAGAUGACGAGCACCAGAGAGCAGGUGGAUGAAGUGACCGACCUCCUGGCCAGCUUCACGUCCCUCAGCUUGCAGAUGCAGAACAUGGAGAAGAGGUAGCAAGAGAGGCUGCCUGCCUUCCCGCUCUGCCGCUGCCCCGCCCCUGCCCCCACCACUCUCUCGGUACCAAGAAAAAGCCCAGUGCCUGGGGCUUUGGAGCUGCACUUAUCUGGUGAGGCCCUUGCCCCCAGAUGCCACAGGGCAGAGAUGCUCUCUCACCAACUUCAGAGCCACUCCCAGCCACGGCCUGUACCAUCUCUGUAGGCCGGGACCACAGCCCCCAGCUUCUUCCUCUGCCCCCAUGGCACUGCAGCCACGCCUCAGCUCUGGCCGCCGUGCACUGUCCUAGCCGGCCUCACAUGUCUCGGGGCCUCCCCGGCACCCUCGGCAGGCCCCAGACCCUUCUCUGUGUCCCUUCCCGGCCAGGGGCUUGUUGCGGCCGGCAGGGUGUGGGCUGAAGGCAGGCACCCUCGGGGGCUUCUUGGCUGGCCCUGCACCCCUCACCAGCACUUAGAUUUAGACUUGUCACCUGACUUUCAAGGAGACAUCGCAGUGAGUUUCUGUGGUUGAAAAGGAGGGUUGGUGAAGCCUAGACCUUAGAAAUACAAGGUUAGGAAGGACCCUGCGGAACCCAAAACAGAAAAGCCCCAGCCUUUUUCACCCAGUCGUUGAAAUACCUGGAGCACCGUGAGGCAGUCCGUUCUGCAGCCUAGUUGUAGUAGGCUGAAUAGUGGCCCCCCGAGAUGUCCGUGUUGUUAUCUGAGGAACCUAUGAAUAUUACUUUAUCAGGCAAAAGGAACUUUGCAGAUAUAAUUACAUUAAUGAUCUUUGGACCAGGAGACUCUCCCAGUUUACCCCAGUGGGCUUCAUGUAAUCACAGGGAUCCUUACGGGAGGAAAGCAGGAGGUCAGAGAGGAAGUAGGAGAUACAGCCGGAGGGGGUCAGAGCUGAAGAAUGCAGGCACGCACAGAAGCUAGAACAGGCAAGGAAAUGGAUGCUCCCUUCAGAGCUUCCUGAGGGAACCAGCCCUGCUGGUACUUUGACUUUAGCCCAGUGAAACUGAUCUCAGAAUUCUGACCGCCAGAACUGUAAGAGAAUAAAGAUGUGUUGUUUGAAG